UGGUGGAGCACUUGGAGGAAUACCUGGAGGAGCACUUGCAGGUGUAGCUGGCGGAGCACCUGUUGACCCGGAGAAGAAAGAGGCAUACUAUCUCCGGCUUCAUUUACUCAUUGUAAAAGAGGGGACAGCUAUUUUAAAGGCAAGAUUUGAUCAUUCUGUGCCACCGCCACAACUCCAUGCUAAGCUGCAAGAGUGUAUGAAAACAUUUAACUAUGCAAAGGAAAACAAUCUUCUCAGCAAAACACAGAUAUGUAAUUUGUUUCCGCAGUAUGACCCACCUUCUUCAGAUAAAUUCGAUGUAUCACUUUUAGUUUAUCUUCUGAGGAACAUACAUGUAUGUGGACUCAAGUCAAAAUCGAAAUGGUGGAGUGAAAACGACAACAGUAAAAUACCGGAUAAGGUGGUUGAUGAGGAAGCCGACAUUGUUCGUUUAAGGAACUUGAGAAAUCAGAUGCAGCAUAAGCAGGUUGCUUCACUUGAGCAGGUGGAAUUUGAGACAAUGUGGGAUUUGGCGGAAAAGGUAAUGCUUCGACUUGCUACAAAAUGCAAUAUACCUGACCAGAAGCAGAAAGUUGAUGAUAUAAAAGACAGACAACUGGAUUUAGUUACAGAAGAAAUGAGGAGUAUAAGAGCAAACACAGAACUGUUUUUCCAAGACUAUCAAGACGAUGACCGAUAUGUAGAAACUGCUGCUUAUCAGAAAGCGAAGACAGUUCUUAAGGAGAAACAAAUUGUUAUACUCACCGGUCACCCAGGCGAAGGCAAAACAACCAUGGCUGCUAGACUUGCGCUACACAUGAGUCAGCCUCGAAACUGCCUGAUGUUGGUCACACCAUCUGACUGGCGUAAGACUGAUCUGUCUUUGAAACUGUUUGAUACAGUUAUAAUAGAUGAUAUAUUUGGUGCAGGUGCGCUUGAUCAAAAAUUAGUAGGUGAUUGGAGACAAUACCUAACUGAUAUAGAAAGAGCAGCAAAGACAAAGGCCCUGAGAGUAAUUAUAACAACCAGACAUUACAUAUUUGAGGAAUCUAAGGAGGAACUGGGUUCUUUGCCAAUGUUCAAGGACGAAAAUGAAACCGUUCUUCUGCUUACCUCCUCCGAACUUACAGAUGAUGAGAAAACUAACAUUCUUAAAAUGCAAGCAGAGAAAAAUGAGAAACAGCUCGAAGGCCGCACAAUAUUUGAUUGUGUUGAAGCUUCAAGGGGGCCGACAGAAGACAUUGACGAUUUCUUGUUUGGAUUCCCUGAGUGUGCAUCUAUGUUUGUCAGAAAUAAAAACAUGUUGCGGAAAGGAGCAGCCUUUUUCAAGACACCUGCAUUACACUACAAGAAAUAUUUAGAAGAUUUAUACAGAGGAAAAGAAAAAGAUAAAUUUUUGGCUCUUGUUGCUGUAUGGUCAAAAGAAAAUAAACGAGUAUCACGGGAUGAACUAAGGACAAGAAAAACUGCUUCAGACAAUAUCAAACGAAUAGCAGAAAUAUUCGACCACGAUCUUGAUAAAGAAUUUCUCGAUACAAUGCGAAUGUCUCUUGAUUCCCAUAUUGGAGGGUAUCUAGUUUUCAGUGAGGCGACAGGACAAUAUGCGUUCAGUCACAAUGUCAUUGGGGACAUGGUUGGAUUGGUCUUCGGGAAGAAGAAGCAAGAGGAGGCUGUCGAAAUUUGUCCUAGAGAUUUUCUGAUGGAUUAUAUUACCAUUGGCGAAGCCACGCGAGAUGACUUUAAAGUAAGCUUAAAGGACAGACAGUUUUAUUGCUUAGUUAAAAAAUGCAGUAAUAUGCUUUUACGUAAAAACUGUAAUACCGUUGCAGAAACUCAAACUUUAGAUGAAUUUCAAACGCUACAAAGAACGGGACAAAGAAACAAUGACAUCAAAAUAAUAAACACGAUAGAUUUUGGUAUCAUUAAACAUAAAGCUUUUAGCUCAGAAAAGUUUGUGCAGGAGUUCAUUGACUAUGUCGUUCAAAAGGACCUCGUAAAUGAGAUUUUUUCUGUCCCGGUGAUGAGAAUGAAGGGGUAUUUCCUUGGUUACGAGAUAUCGAUGAAACAGCUUGAUAUGUGUCUGAUGGGGUAUGCAUGGUACAGUGGAGCAAUUGUGUUUGCGAAGAAAGUUAUCACUAGAGAGAUUGUUGGAGAGGAAAAUGUCGACCAUUCAGUCCCAUUACUUCUAGCCGCACACUCGAAACAGAAAGAGUCAGUUAAAUUCCUACUGAACCAUGGGGCAAAGGUGACUGGAGAUGCUAUUUACAUUUCAAUGCAUCAGAGCAUAGAGCUUCUGAAAAUGAUCUUACAACAUCCAGGAACCGACGUUAAUGACCGAGGGAAUGCGAUAAAUGGAAACUUUCCCUUGAUUGUAGCCGCACGUAAAGGUCUGACUGAAGCUGUUAUAUGUAUGCUUACCUCGGGCGCUGACACUGGAGUACAAAACACUGCUAAAAUGACAGCACUACAUAAGGCAAUAUUGUACAAACAUGAAGAUGUCAUUGAAAUGUUGGUUGAGGCUGGUGCACCACUCAAUAUCAAAGGAGGAAAGUUCAAAAGAACACCACUGCAUUUAGCAGUGGAUUUAGGGAAUAUGAAACUUGUAAAGCUUCUACUUAGGAAGCAUGCUUCACUGACUGUAAAGGAUCAUAGAGGGCAUUAUCCAAUACACAUUGCUGCUAUUAGAGGUAACGUUGAAAUACUUCGUGAGCUAUACGCUGCUGACCGUACACAAGACAAACUACGUAUUUCAUCAUAUGGUACAAAAUCCGUCAUCAAAGGCAUGUCCUUGUUCCAUGUUGCAGUCUGGAAGAAAAAUGAAGAGCUCCUAAAUGCAUUGAUUGAUCUAAGAGCGGAUCCAAAUGUUCAAGAUUUCUAUGGUCAGACACCUUUGUUAUUCGCAAUAAUGAAGAAGCAAGAAGACUGCAUUAGAAAACUGUUAGAUUAUGAAAGAACUAAUAAAAGAAAGCCGCAAAAGCAAGGUUUUACCCCUCUCCAUGCAGCAAUUCAUAAAAAUCUAGAUGAAAUUGCAAAACAGUUGGCAAGGUACUCUGAUGUAAAUGCAAGGGAUAAGUAUGGAAAAACCCCGCUCCACGCUGCAUGUGAGAAGGCCAAUCUUGAGCUACUACGAACUCUUCUCGUACAAUAUGGAGCAGAUCCAAGAAUUAUAACAAAGAGAGGGGAUACAGUUUACCAUAUUCUAAGAAGAAGCAAGAAAAAACUGUCCGUAAAUGAAGUUGAUAAUUCAAAACAGGCCGAGCAGUUGAUAAGUGAAUUUGAUCCAGAAUUCGCUCAAAAGCUGCCAAACUUAAGGAAUAAAGCCGGGACAGUUAUUAAAGUAAGAAAUACACGGCAGCCUCCUGUAAAAACACCCUUCCUAGUUCAGGCUGCGGUUAAUGACUACGGUAUAGGAGGAGAAGACUUGUUUGAAUCAGUUCUCGAUGACUACGAUGAUGGUGACAUGUACGAUGACAAUGAAAUCCUGCAAGAUAUGUAUGAAGUUUACUAUGAUGGCAUUCUGAAGGAUUGUUUGAACAGAAAAGGACUCGAUUACACAUCUCAGAAGAAUGCUAUUUUUGUCCUCACAUUUGUUUUAGGGUGCAAAGAGAAGAAUCAAACAUUUCGUUGUUUGAAAAUGAAUGACAUCGAACAGUUAUGGUCUGCUGGCAUAGAAACGAGAUGUUUGCUAUUGAAAGAGUGUGAACGAAUAUGCGCAUUCAUCAAAAAUGACUCAGAUAGAAUUCUAUACGUUUGGCCAGCGUAUGACACCAGUGAAGAAGGAAAAAUGGUGUUUGUCGUUGUCGCUACCGGAGAUGUGAAGGUUGAUGUUGGCUACAGAACGUACAUAAGAAUUGUGGACCAUUAUAGCGAAGAGGGGAAAUAUGUGAUGCAAAGUCGUAAAAGCGCAGAGAAUAGACUUUCAGCUAGUCAGUCAGAGAAAAUACGUAAUGUAAUAGACUUAUAUGCGGACACCCUCAUGCAAAAGCAUAGGUAUAUUUCUGUUAUAACAGGAAGCGGAGUUCGAUCAGUAGGUUUCGCAACUAGAAAUGAAGAGAUAAUCCCUGAAGCAUGCGUGGUGGUAUAUGUCCUAAUAAAAGGCAAAAUCCCCUUAGAGGAGGAAGAGAUUCCUAAAACUCUGGACGGCAUACCAGUGGACAUCAGAGAAGGAGGCUUUCAAACUAGUGUUUUGACAGCGUCCGACUUCCAUACGAAUGUGCGAAUGGGUUGUCAGAUCAUGUCUUCUGCCAAUAAGCCUAUUUGUGGAACACUAGGUGGAUUCAUAGAACACCAAGAAUAUGGACUUUGCGGUAUAACAUGUGCCCACGUUGUCAUGAGUGAGCAAUGCAUGCACGAUCUUAGAGGAAAAAAGAAAUCAAUUGAGAACGAAAGCCUUGUCUUUCAGCCGGACACAGAACUUCAAACACAUAGGGUUGGACCAAUCCGGGAAGUUGCAUACAAAACUGGUGGUGACGGUUUACCAGGAAUCGAUCUGGCUGUUUUCCAGAUUGACUCUAGACCACCUGAAUGUGGAAAUUUUCCAGGAACAUCAAACGCCGAGACAAAAAAAUUACUUAUAAAAGUAAUACUACUCAAAAAGAAAACAAAUGAAGCAGACGUCAGCCCGCAAGCUGUGAUAAAUGUAUACUCGGUGCAAAAUUUCACAGAACAUAAUAUAUAUAUAUCUACAUGCUGUUAA